UCGCCCUGUUCUCAGACGGUUCGAGAGUUUGUUGUCAACGAGACCAGCAAGAUUGUUCCUGUCACUUAUCGCAAAUAUUAGACAAUCUUGUCGAACACACUGUCAAAAUGGAUGAAUUCCAGACCGGAGAAGAGACUGCCUUUGUAACAGAUGAAGUAACAAACAUAAUCAAAGAGUCCAUUGAGGGUGCAAUAGGUGGCAAUGCUUAUCAGCACAACAAGGUAAACCAGUGGACAUCUAAUGUAGUGGAGCAGUGUCUCAACCAGCUCACAAAACUAGGAAAGCCAUUCAAAUAUAUCGUGACGUGUGUAAUAAUGCAGAAAAACGGCGCUGGUUUACACACAGCAAGCUCUUGUUUUUGGGACAACACAACAGAUGGGAGCUGUACGGUGAGAUGGGAAAACAAGACCAUGUACUGUAUUGUCAGUGUGUUUGGACUCGCCAUAUAGUGAACCUCGCUGGUUGAUGUAACAUCUUAUAUUGUUGUUUUAAAGACGAUUGACAAAUUAACAGAUAUGACGAGAGUGAUCAGAGUUACGUGUAUACAGAGCUGCAAAUCCUUCACAUAUUUAAUACAGUGUACACCAUCAAGAUCUCUUCUGACAAGACAAUGAUCACCGAGUCAUUUAAAACUUUUUAAAAAGUAUUACAUACUGGUAACUACGUAUGUCAGGAUGACGACAAUUUCACGUGUCAGACACCAACCCAGACCGACUUGCACUGCAGCUUCUUUUCUUUGGAAUCUUCAGUUUAAGUUCAUUAAAUGGGGUAAAUGUUUCUCAACAUAAUUGGAAGUUAUGAUUUAGUAUUUUAAGGAGGUAACAUUUGAAACGUGAUGUAAGGUAAUCGGUUACCCGAUGUUGAAAUAUAAGGCUAUAUGGUACGGAACAAAGGAAGGAUUCAUUUUGUCCAGUUUUGUGAAUUAAUUGUUUUUCUCUGGUAUGUCUUGUACAUAUAGAUGUUUCAAGUGUAAACACGGUCAUUCCAGCUUCCACCAUAUUAUACAAUGUUACAGAGUCAUAGUUAUUGUUAGGACAAAGAUUUUUUCACAAAAGUAAAACUGGUUCAUGUGUGUAAAAAUACUAAAAUGUAGAACUGGUUGAUAAAUAUGAUUAAAAAUAUAAAUAUCAGUUGCUUCAUUUUUGUUUGUCUAACAGUGAAAGCCAAAAAAUAUUUAAUUACCUUUUCUCUUUAAUAGAUAAAAGUUCAUACUUCAGUUGUACAUCUCCAAUUUUCUGUGAUAUAUAUCAGUUGGUAUUUCCCUUAUAAUUUCCCACACAUGAACUAUCAUAUAACAGGCCUCUCUCUAGCUAGCCUUAUAGGAUAGGAGAAGUUAGCCAAGGAAAUAUUUUCUCUUCAGGCUUCUUGACAAUUUAAGUAGUGACAAUUCUGAAAUCUUCAUUUCCUAUUGUUUAAAAUCAUUAAAUGAAUCAGAUUCCAUGUAACCCAUUGACUGUGCAUUCUAUUGCUGCUUAUUUAAAUGAUAUUGUAUAUAAACAUCACUGUAUAGUCAUACUGAGUGUGUAAUAAAAGAUAUUAUAGUUACAGCAGUAUUCAUAUUUAUUGCCAAGGAUUUUUGUUUAAUCAAGUAAACAAAAAACUUGAAAUUAUUCCAUUCAGGUUUUUUUGAAAUUCAUGUCGGCUAUUAUUUAAAAUGAGUUUCCUUUUCCUAGGAGAUUUAAGAAAUGGGUCUUAUUCAUAUUCUUUGGUAAGCUGUUAUAAAUCAUUUUAGAAAUAUCUUCGGAUACUCAAAACCAAAUAUUUAGGCCAUACUGUAGACAUAUCUAUAUGUCUUUAUCAAGCUAUCAUGGUUGGAAACUGUGAUACAAUAUUGUACACAAGUGGAAAAUGUACCAGCAUCUGUUUAUUUAUUGACUUUGUCCUAAUAAAUUGUGUUCAAAUACAUUU